AUGCUAUACUCGGAGGAUGAAAAGCUCGUCUUUCGUUUUGACGACCACCUUCUUUGGAUCGAACCUUGGGGCGAAAAUGCGUUCCGCGUGCGAGCCACCAAGCUAUCAUCGAUGCCAACAGAAGACUGGGCUCUCUCAUUCAAGCCUUCAAACCAACGCGUAAAUAUAGAUAUACCAGAUGGGGAAGAUGCAUGCAUAACUCAUGGAAAAAUCAAAGCCACAGUUUCUCCACGAGGCAAGGUCAUCAUUUACGACUCGAAUGGAACCAAGCUUCUCGAAGAAUACGCACGUCACAGACGAGACCCCCGUGAUCCUAAAUGUAGUGCCCUGGAAAUUGAGGCACGCGAACUACGGCCCAUACUUGGCGGUGACUAUCAUCUUACCAUGCGCUUCGAAUCUCUGGAUCGGAGAGAGAAGAUUUUCGGCAUGGGCAGUACGGAGUUGGAACUAGCACACCGAAACUCCCAGGCGAGUGUUCCAUUUGCGGUCUCAUCUCGAGGAUAUGGCUUUCUAUGGAAUAACCCGGGUAUCGGCCGUGCAAUGCUCGGGACGAACGUUAUGAGCUUUGAAGCAUAUUCCACGCGAGCCCUCGAUUACUGGGUGGUUGCCGGCGAUACCCCAGCCGAAAUUGAAGAACACUAUGCAAAUGUAACUGGAUAUGUGCCAAUGAUGCCGGAAUAUGGACUGGGCUUCUGGCAGUGUAAGCUGCGUUAUUGGAACCAGGAGCAAUUGCUGAACGUUGCUCGAGAAUAUCAUCGCCGUGAGGUUCCUCUAGACUUGAUCGUGAUUGAUUUCUUUCAUUGGAAGCAUCAAGGAGAAUGGAGCUUUGAUCCAGAAUUUUGGCCUGAUCCUGACGCAAUGAUUCAAGAGCUUAAAGAGCUCAAGGUAGAGCUGAUGGUCUCUGUCUGGCCGACAGUCGAGAAUAAAUCGGAGAACUACCCCGAAAUGCUGGAACGCGGUCUCUUGAUUCGACAUGAUCGUGGCUUGCGAGUUGCAAUGCAAUGUGAUGGUGAUAUCACUCACUUCGAUGCCACUAAUCCAGAGGCCCGUGAGUAUGUUUGGAAUAAGGCAAAGAAUAACUAUUAUAAGCAUGGAAUCAAAAUAUUCUGGCUUGAUGAGGCUGAGCCCGAAUAUUCUAUCUACGAUUUCGAUAUCUUCCGUUAUCACGCUGGGAGUAAUCUUCAGAUUGGAAACAUCUAUCCAAAGGAGUAUGCUCGCGCAUUUUACGAAGGUAUGGAGGCGGAAGGUCAAAAAAACAUCGUUAACUUACUCCGGUGUGCCUGGGCCGGCAGUCAACGCUACGGUGCGUUGGUCUGGAGUGGUGACAUUGCAUCCUCGUGGGGUUCGUUCCGAAAUCAACUCGCAGCAGGAUUGAAUAUGGGACUUGCAGGUAUUCCAUGGUGGACCACAGAUAUUGGUGGGUUUCAUGGCGGCAACCCAGACGACCCAGAAUUCCGUGAGCUGUUUGCUAGGUGGUUUCAAUGGGGUACAUUUUGUCCUGUGAUGCGAUUACAUGGGGAUCGUGAGCCCAAGCCAGAAGGACAGCCAACUGCCAGUGGGGCAGAUAAUGAGAUAUGGUCAUAUGGCGACGAAAUCUACGAGAUUUGCAAGAAGUUCAUUGGACUUCGUGAGGAGCUACGCGAUUAUACUCGGGGAUUAAUGAAAGAGGCGCAUGAGAAAGGUACACCAGUGAUGCGAACAGUUUUCUACGAAUUUCCCCAGGAUCAACGGGCCUGGGAGAUUGAGACAGCGUACAUGUUUGGGCCGCGGUAUCUAGUUGUGCCAGUCCUUGAGCCUGGUCAACGCAAGAUCACUGUCUAUCUUCCAGUCGGCGCAUACUGGACUCUCUGGGGCAAGACAAGCGCCUCCCAAAGUGGCAUCCCCGGUGUGUACGAGGGCGGCAGCACAGAUCGAGGUGGAUUGCCCAAUUGA